AUCAUAAUUUUACAGAGUUGAUCUUUACUCUUCUGGCUCACCAAAAAUGGAGUUGCAUCCACAUUUAUCCCCAGGAAAGCCCUUUUCCAAUACCUAAACUUGCAGCAAUCAGCACAAAGGCUCAUUCCCAGAUCCGACAGGAUGACUGAUGCAAGCUGUCAGCCAAUAUUUGACUUUCCAGGUGAGAUUAGAUUUAGCUUUUAAUUUAAUAUAAACAUAAAGCGUGCAGUGCAAGGCACUUAUUUCACAGGCAGCUGCUCCAAGCUUUGUGCAGGUUGGAGGCUCCUUAAAGACAUCCCUGAUCUUUUUGGGGAGUUUCAUCCCAUUAGCCAGUGGAGUUGGAAAAUCCUGAGUGUUCUGAAUCUCCUUAGGGAAAGACACAGCAAAGCAGCAUAAUUGUCAAGGAUGGCCAAGCUGCAAAACUUCACUUGGGCAGUGGAAGACAUUUUCAAGGACACUUUCCUCAAUUAUAUGAACAGCUGGAGGAGAAACAUGACAGAAGCAGCGAAUAAACUGCAGGCUGAGGUGGCUGCUGAAAACUUUGACUACGUUAUCCUCUAUCUGAUGGUGAUGAUUGGGAUGUUCUCUUUCAUCAUCGUGGCCAUCCUGGUGAGCACGGUGAAAUCCAAGAGGAGGGAGCACUCCAACGAUCCCUAUCACCAGUACAUCGUGGAGGACUGGGGAGAGAAGUACAAAAACCAGGUUCUGAAUCCAGAAGAUCUCAAGUGUGUGAUCCACGAAAACCUGGGGGCGAGGGAUAAAACAAACCCGGAAUCACCUUGA